GAAGGCACAGGAGAUAGAAACAACGGGAAGACAAAAAAUCACCGCUUCGUUCAAUUUGUUCUCAUAUAUGCACAUCACCUGUGUGUAUAUGUAUAGAAUUAUAGAUACACAUUUUAUAUACACAUAGAUACAUUUCGAUUCCAGCUGGUCGAGAGGCACUGUUGAUUUUGGUUGAAUUUGCACCUGUUUUCACAUUUUGGGGGUAUAUAACUUUUAUAAUCGCAGAAAAAAUCGCGCUAGGGUUUCUCUUUUUGCUUGUUCGAUUGAUUAAUCAAAGAGAAAUUAGAAGGAAACGAAAUGGCACAAGCGGUGGAAGAAUGGUACAAGCAGAUGCCGAUCAUUACGCGUUCAUACCUCACGGCCGCCAUCGUCACGACCAUCGGCUGCUCUCUGGAUAUAAUUUCUCCAUAUGAUUUGUACUUGAAUCCGAAGCUUGUGGUGGAUCAUUACCAAAUUUGGCGCAUCAUUACCAAUUUUCUGUAUUUCCGCAAGAUGGAUUUGGACUUUUUGUUUCACAUGUUCUUUCUUGCUCGAUACUGCAAGCUUCUUGAAGAGAACUCCUUCCGUGGAAGGACCGCAGAUUUCUUCUACAUGCUGUUGUUUGGUGCGACUGUUUUGACUGGCAUAGUACUUAUCGGGGGGAUGAUUCCUUAUGUCUCAGAGUCAUUUGCGAAGAUUAUAUUUCUUAGCAAUUCCCUUACAUUUAUGAUGGUAUAUGUGUGGAGCAAGCAGAACCCGUACAUUCACAUGAGCUUUUUGGGCCUUUUCACUUUCACAGCUGCCUACUUGCCAUGGGUUCUUCUUGGGUUUUCUGUCCUUGUUGGUGCCAGUGCUUGGGUGGAUCUUUUGGGAAUGAUAGCUGGUCAUGCCUACUAUUUUCUUGAAGACGUGUAUCCGAGAAUGACAGCUCGCCGACCCCUGAGGACUCCAGCUUUCAUCAAAGCAUUAUUUGCAGAUGAUCCUGUGGUGGCGGCUAGGCCUGAUGAUGUCAGAUUUGCUGCUCCACAAGGCGGCCCUUUUCAAAUGAAUUAAUUGGGUUGCGAGGUGUUUUGAGCUAGUGAAUAUUAUUUGCAUUUUAUCUUUCACCUUUAGUUGUCCAGUUUUAAGCCCUGACUGUAUAAAGAUGCACCCCUACAUGUUAACUCUGUUGCAGUAUACUCUCUGCUUUUGCUACAAUGAUGUUUUUUUUCAGGCGACAGAAUUACCAUUAUGGCAGAAAUGUAACUUCUUAUGGGAUAUUUUCGUAGUUCUUCCCUAAAUUU